AUGCCCUUGUGUUGUGUUUCGUGGAUAAAUUUCCUGUGCUUUCUUGAUUCUCUAUUUGACUUGUUGCUGUCUUUUUGGCCGACUUCCCGCGUUAAGAGACGAAACGGUGCUCCACCUGUUGGCGGUGGCCGCCUUAAUUCAUAUCUAUCUAUCUAUCUAUCUAUCUAUCUAUCUAUUUAUCUAUCUAUCUAUCUAUCUAUCUCAUUCUUAUUGAAAUCUAUCUAUCUAGAUAUCACAAUUAAUUCAUAUCUAGCUAUUUUAUUCAUAUCUCUCUCUCUCUCAUUCUUCAAAUCUAUCUAUCUAGAUAUUACAAUUAAUACAUAUCUAUCUAUAUCUCAGUUAAUUCAUAUCUAUCUAUCUAUCUAUCUAUCUAUCUCAUUCUUAUUCAAAUCUAUCUAUCUAAAUAUCACAAUUAAUUCAUAUCUAUCUAUCACCUAUCUAUCUAUAUUACAAUUAAUUCAUAUCUAUCUAUCUAUCUGUCUAUCUAUCUCAUUCUUAUUCAAAUCUAUCUAUCUAGAUAUCACAAUUAAUUCAUAUCUAUCUAUCUAUCUAUCUAUCUGUCUGUCUGUCUGUAUGACUGUCUGUCUAUCUAUCUAUCUCAUUUUUAUUCAAAUCUAUCUAUCUAGAUAUCACAAUUAA